CUUAUCUCGACAGUGCGUGCGGCCCCACGUAGCCAGGGGUGUAUGUAGAUAAUGGCCCGUAGGAUGUCUAGGAUAAAGAUCGCCGAAUCCGAUUGCAACAUUUCCAUGGUUCAUUACGUCGCGGCGGGGAGAAUCGAAAACACUUCCCCGAACAACUUCAUUCACCAUCACCACUCACGAGGCUCGACUUGAUCAACCACUUGGUGAAGAGUCAAGAGUCAGAAAACUAUUAUCAUGAAGCGGUCCGAGUCCAGCCUCGGUCGCGAUGAAAAGAUGGCGGAUGAGCAUACGCCACUAAUCACCACCGUCACCGUCGGUGAAGUCCGUCGGAGAUACCCUCAUCAGACCCUCCGCCGAUUUUGUACCAUAGCUUUAGGCUCUUCUCUCAUUGCUCUCUUCGUCACAUUUCUCGUCGUCGUCGUCUUCGCGCCACCGCAUACCGCUCACCGUGGAUGGCCUGGACACCAUCAUAAGCACAUUAGCUAUGAAGAGCUUCAAAGUAUUCUUCUGGAUACACCAAGCUCGGACAAGGCCGCCGAAUGGAGCAAGUACUACACAGCCGGUGCGCAUCUGGCUGGGAAGAACUUAUCUCAGGCAGAAUGGACGCGAGAUCGCUGGAAUGAGUGGGGAAUUAAAUCAGAUAUUGUUGCGUACGAGACCUACUUAAACUACCCAGUCGAUCACCGGCUUGCUCUCCUAGAGAAGUCAAAGUCGGACUCUACCGAUGUUGGAACGUGGAAGGUUUCCUUCGAGGCUACUCUAGAAGAGGACGUGCUUGAUGAAGACCCCACCACACAGCUAGAGGAAAGCAUCCCGACGUUCCACGGCUACUCCGCAAGUGGCAACGUCACCGGCUCCUUUGUCUAUGUGAACUAUGGUACUUUCUGGGAUUUUGAGGAUCUCAUCAAGGCCAACGUCAGCCUUGAGGGUAAGAUCGCCAUCGCUCGUUACGGCGGUAUCUUCCGAGGAUUGAAGGUCAAGCGAGCCCAGGACCUUGGUAUGAUCGGUAUCGUCCUCUACAGUGAUCCCGGCGACGAUGGUAAAAUUACCGAAGCCAACGGGUAUGAGACAUAUCCAAGCGGCCCUGCGCGACAUCCCAGUAGUGUCCAGAGAGGAAGUGUCCAGUUUCUCAGUGUCGCUCCAGGUGAUCCAACGACGCCCGGCUACCCCUCAAAGCCAGGCGUCCCACGAGCACCAGUUGAAGGAUCUAUUCCGAGUAUACCGUCUCUGCCAAUCUCUUACGUGGAAGCUUUGCCAAUAUUGAAAGCCCUUAAUGGACUUGGUCCUAAAGCUAAAGACUUUGGCGAUUACUGGACUAGGAACACUGGACUAGACUAUAAAGGAGUCGAGUACAACGUUGGUCCCUCGCCCGAUAAUGUUGUUCUCAACCUCUAUAACGAACAAGAAUACACCAUCACUCCCCAGUGGGACGUUAUUGGUAUCAUUAACGGUACCAUUCCUGACGAAGUCAUAGUGGUGGGCAACCACCGUGAUGCGUGGAUUGCUGGCGGUGCGGGAGACCCCAACAGUGGCUCUGCUGUUAUUAACGAGGCUAUUCGCAGUUUCGGCAAGGCUCUAGAAAAUGGAUGGAAGCCUUUACGUACUAUUGUCUUCGGUAGCUGGGACGGCGAAGAAUACGGAUUGGUAGGAAGCACCGAAUGGGUUGAGGAAUACUUGCCAUGGCUUUCGGUCACUAACGUCGCUUAUAUUAAUGUUGAUGUGGGUGUGAGAAGCCCAGUCUUCGAAGCUAAUGCUGCUCCUUUGCUGCACAAGCUCAUCUACGAUGUGACCGCCUUGGUACAAUCGCCGAAUCAAACUAUCAAGGGCCAGACUGUUCGUGAUUUAUGGGAUGGGUAUAUCGGUACGAUGGGAAGUGGUAGUGACUUCACGGCUUUCCAAGAUUUUGCGGGCGUCCCUAGUCUCGAUAUGAACUUCGGUGGCCAAACGGACGACUCACCCAUCUAUCAUUAUCACAGCAACUACGAUAGCUUCCAUUGGAUGGCCGAAUUUGGUGAUCCAGGAUUUGUAUACCAUAAGACUAUGGCUCAAAUCCUUGGUUUAGCCAUCGCAAAAAUAGUCGAGACGCCACUCAUUUCCCUGAACGCAACCGAUUAUGCAAACGCGCUAAAGGAGUAUGUCGAGAAGGCUGAAGCAAGGCUAGAAUCCUUCCAGGCAGAGCUGUCUACCGAGGAGGAGAUCUUUGAGUUCAGGGCUCGCUCCGUUGGCACCGAGGUUAAAGGUGAUCAAGAGUCUUUCAAGGUGUCACUGAAUCUCCUAUAUCAGGCCGUUAGCGAGUUCAAGGAGGCGGCGAUCGCACUAGAUGCUAAAUCGGACGAACUAUCCGAGAAAGCAAACGAGGACAUCCCCUGGUGGAAAUGGAUCAGCAAGCUGAAGCUACUCCACGAGAUUCGGUUUGUCAACACUAAGUACAAGAAGAUCGAGCGCGCUUUCCUAUACCCACAAGGAUUAGACGAGAGACCCUGGUUCAAACACGUUGUAUUUGCCCCCGGGAUCUGGACCGGUUAUGCGGGCGCGGUAUUCCCUGGGCUUGUGGAGAGUAUCGACAACCAAGACUUCGAGAAUGCGCAGAGAUGGGUCUAUAUCAUCGAGGACCGCAUCAAAACUGCUACAGAGACGAUUCGAUGAUGCUAAAAGGCAUAAUGGGAUGUAUCUUUCGUUAAAAAUUUAGGGUGCUUGCGGCGCAGUUACUAUAUUCAUAGAUCUUCAACAAAAAGACUAAAGUUGCCCAGGCACCUUACCUACCAGGUAGCUAGUUAAGGUGGACAAGCGAAAUAUGCCGCUAUUAGCUAAUAUACUAGAUUGAAUUCGGAUGCUUGGACGAUGUUCAUAUUUACUUUACGUCAUUAUUUUUAAAAAUCGUCUCAAGUUGGAUCCCCAAAUCUUGAUUUUGCCUCUAAAGGUGGCUUGGGGAUUUC